AUGGUAGGAUCGCAGAAUAGUACCCAUAUAUCUGCAAAAUUUGAAGUUAUCGAGCAUCAGAUCGACAGACGUUGGCGGAAUGAUGGUGGUCCUUCCAGAGAAAUAUUGUUAACGGAGCGAAGUGGAAUGCGCAUGGCUUGUGAUCGGAAUUAUGUUUAUGUAAUCGGUGGUUUCUCACCUUCACGAGAAUCUCUGCUUGCAGGGGAAGUUUGGCGUUUCAAUGUUCUGACUGAUACCUGGGAACUAAUGUCCAUACCAGAAAAGGAUUUUCCCGAAGAAUUGGCAUCGUUUGCAAGUUGCUUUUUCGGUGAACCAAUUCUAUCUGAAUUUUAUAUGUUUGGUGGGACGGCAGUUCCAUUCGGUACAAGAGCUUCAAAUUCAGUCAAUGUACUCAAGCGCGUAAAGGAUGAAACUUAUAUUUGGAAACAACUGCAAACCAUUGGUGACGUUCCAGUUAAACAGUAUGGUUCAUGUCUUGUACAUAAUAAUGGGAAAUUUUAUGUGUUUGGUGGAACUACUGGAUGGGAAUAUAAUUUAGAAGUUCGUAGCUUAGAACCUGAAUUCAGUGGCAAAAAAGAUUACGCAGGCCGACGGGAACCAAUUCGCUGGAAAUGGACACUUCUUCAUGAUGGGUCAGGUAUUAACGGCCGUUACAGACACGAAGCUAUAGUUCUUAACGAUGAAAUAGUGUUAAUAGGUGGUGGUACUCCGGAAUGGACUUCACCACUUAUAGAGCUAUUGGUAUUCAAUGUAUCAGAAAAAAAAUUCCGCACCCAAAUAACGCUGCCUGACACUAACUAUGGGUAUCCAGAGGGUCGACUAUACUACGGUUGCGUAAAAUUUGGCAAUAAUGCAUACAUUCUUGGUGGUUGUACGGAAAAGUCAGUAAUACAUCACUUGAUUGAUCGAAUAGUUUUGCGCCCUAAGUUGCUUCAAGACUGUUGGCAACUUGAUCUGAAAGAGUGGCGUUGGAAAUUGUUACCUGGUGAACUAAAUCAGCAGUUAUGUUUUCACGCAGCUACCGUCACCCCAGAAGGUUGCAUUUAUAUUUUUGGUGGUACGACGGAUGAAAAGUUCGAAAGACGGACAGAUCAGCUGCAGAGAUGUUGGAUCAGACCGCCAACCUUGUUUUACAUUGCUGCGCGCGCUGUUGUUAAUGCGUACCCUAGUCUUUCUGAUCGUUUUCAUGAUAUAGCAUUAACAAAUAUUUUCAAUUACUUAUCAUCUUCAAUCGGUUAA